CCACAUGCGGGCACAUCUGAAAGAAAGAGUUUCCUCUUUGAGACUAUGCCCAUUGCCAUUAAUCUUCUUACCAGCAUCUUAUUCUGGUACACUUGCAGUCAGGCGGUUUUAUCAUGUUCAUAUAGCGAUGGUGUCUAAAGUCGGUGAUGUAUAUACAGCUCAGAGGAAGAGGAGGAUGACAUUGAAAUGUAUGAGCAUGAUUAUGACGGCCUGCUCUCCAAAGGAAAACGGCACUUGGGGAAAACGAGGUGGACGCGUGAAGAGGAUGAGAAGCUGAAGAAACUAGUGGAGCAGAAUGGAACAGAGGACUGGAAAGUUAUAGCUAGUUUCCUUCCUAACCGAACAGAUGUUCAGUGCCAGCAUAGAUGGCAAAAAGUAUUAAAUCCUGAACUUAUUAAAGGACCAUGGACUAAAGAAGAAGAUCAAAGAGUAAUUGAACUAGUGCACAAGUAUGGCCCCAAACGCUGGUCUGUCAUUGCAAAGCACUUGAAAGGAAGAAUUGGCAAGCAGUGCAGAGAGAGGUGGCACAAUCAUCUCAAUCCAGAAGUGAAAAAGACCUCUUGGACAGAAGAAGAGGACAAAAUAAUAUAUGAAGCUCACAAACGUCUGGGAAAUAGAUGGGCUGAAAUAGCAAAGCUGCUUCCUGGGAGAACGGAUAAUGCUAUCAAGAACCACUGGAAUUCUACUAUGCGACGCAAGGUCGAACAGGAAGGUUAUCUGCAGGAAUCGUCCAAAACCAACCAGGCUUCUGCAGCCACAAACUUCUCAAAAGGCAACCACUUGUUGGGCUUCACCACUCACAACCAACCUUCUUCACACAUCACUCAUAGCAGCCAUGCUCCAGUGAACAACUUCUACUAUCAUUUGGCUGAGCCACAGAACGCACCUUAUCCUGUGGCAUUGCAUGUUAACAUAGUCAAUGUCCCUCAACCAGCGACUGCAGUUGUUCAGAGACCCUAUAAUGACGAAGAUCCAGAAAAAGAAAAGAGAAUAAAAGAGUUAGAGCUAUUACUCAUGUCAACUGAGAAUGAACUAAAGGGACAUCAUGCAUUACCGAAUCAUGCGGAAGAAUAUCCUGUAUGGCACAGUACUACUAUUGCUGACAACUCUAGGCCUCAUGGGGAUAGUUCUCCUGCGUCCUGCCUUGGUGAGCCGCAUAACUGUACACCUUCUCCUCCCAUGGACCAUGGAUGCCUUCCUGAAGAAAGUGCUUCCCCUGCCAGAUGUUUUGGCGUUAAUUUAUUAAUACAGAUGAAAAAUGGGCCCGAAUACUCAGAAACUCUUCAGCUUAUUGAUUCUGAUUCUUCAUCAUGGGGUGAAGACAACAGUUUUGAAUCCAAUGAGCAAGGAGAUUCCUCACCCAGCAGAUCUCCCUCAACUCAAGACCCAGAGCCUUCAGAGGGCAUGGGCAGCCAUUGCAGCCCGAGGGAUGCCCCUGAUACGAACUUAAACAAAAGUAUGUUGUAUCAGGGUUCGUUCGUAUCUCCAAACUCCCUAAAUUCCCUAAAAAGUACCUCAUCACCACUGAUCGUCUUGUGCAAAAAGAAAGGGCGUCUGAAUUGCUUAGCCAGUGGAGACAGCAGUCCCUUAAACCUGGCUGACAUCGUCAGUUCUACAAAGCAAUCCCCUUUCAAAAGCCUGCCCUUCUCUCCCUCUCAGUUUUUAAACACCGCAGCAGCACAUGACAAUUUGAAUAUGGGACACCCAAGUCUAACCUCCACUCCACUUUGUGCCUCUCAUAAAGCUACUGUACCUCCUCAACAGGGCCACACACCACGUCUUCAUAAAGAAAACAGCAUUCUUAGGACUCCAGCUAUAAAAAGGUCAAUUUUGGACAGCUCUCCAAGAACUCCUACACCAUUUAAAAAUGCUUUAGCAGCUCAAGAAUUUAAAUAUGGACCACUUAAACUUUUGCAUCACACUCCUUCACACCUUGCAGAAGACCUGCAGGAAGUAAUCAAGCAGGAGGCCGAUGAGUCUGGUAUUGUACCUGAGCUCCAAGAUCUGGAAGAACCUUUGUUAAAGAAAAUUAAGCAAGAGGUGGAGUCACCAUCACCACCUCAUAAGGUUAACCAUUUCAUCUCCAGUCUGUGGGAACAAGAGACCCUGACAGCUCAGUUGUUCUCUCAGCAGAGUAUUAUGGAAGACACUCCUAAUCUUCUUACCAGUUCAUUGUUAAUGAGACCUAUGUCUGAUAAAGAAGACCAUAGGGUGAAAUCUUUUGCAGUACCCAGGAAUAGGUCACUGGGGAGCCCUUUACAGCAAUUCAGCAAUGCAUGGGAAGCAAUAUCUUGUGGGAAAACAGAAGAGCAGAAGAUGUAUUCAGAGAUCUAUCACAAAUGUAUGAAAAAUGUGUCUGCACUUGUCAUGUAAUGACACUGGGGUCUGAACAAGCAUUAUCACAGAAACACUUCAUAUUAAUUUGGGAUUGUGUUGGAAAAUUCCUCUACAUGAAGCUUUGGGAAUGUUCUUAAUUGGGAGAUUUUUGUUGUGGUACAAC